UUUUAAAGUUUAUAUUUUAGUAUACAAUAAAGAAGUUCUCUAGUUCUCGUAGAAAAAAUAUAAAAAAAUGGAGUUACAAGACACCUAUUACAAUAAAUCCGAAUAUGUGGAAACUGCGUCUGGAAACAAAGUAAGUCGACAGACUGUGUUGUGUGGAUCUCAAAACAUUGUAUUACACGGUAAAGUUAUUGUCCAGAGCGACGCAAUCAUCAGAGGAGACCUGGCUAAUGUUAAAACAGGGAGAUUCUGUAUUAUAAGUAAAGGAUCGGUAAUCAGACCACCAUUCAAAAAGUUUAGUAAAGGAGUUGCAUUUUUCCCCCUACAAAUGGGUGACCAUGUGUUUGUGGGAGAGAACACAGUUGUCAAUGCUGCCGUGGUUGGCUCUUAUGUUUAUAUUGGAAAGAAUGUUGUUAUAGGAAGAAGGUGUGUGCUAAAAGACUGUUGUAUGAUUGAAGACAACUCUGUUUUGCCGGCUGAGACGGUUGUUCCAUCUUUUGCACGAUAUUCAGGAAGUCCUGCACGACUCAUCACAACACUACCUGAAGCAAUGCCAGAUCUGAUGACGGAAUACACCAAAAGUUACUAUCAACAUUUUCUUCCAACCACUGCAGUAAACUAAUAUAAAAUAGGUUUUUGCAAAUUUGCUCUUUUUAUUGCAACUUUAUUUAAAGAUGUGACCUGUGUGGUUGCAAUAAAUAUGUAUUAUUAUUA